AUGCCGACCACAGCACCAGCUGGCGAAAUAACUAGCGUGCGCCCAGAAGUACAAUUGCUUGACCAUAGUGUGGAAAUGAGGAGACCGAAAAUGUUUGGUCUACUAUUUUGGCUACUCCAACUGACACUGCUUUGCAUCAGCAAUGCGCAGGGUACCUUCGAAGAUGCGGAAACAUCAAAUGAUUAUACGAGUGGCGUUACACAUCAACAAUUCGAUCUGCGGCAUACAAUACCCGGAGAACCUGAUAUUGAUUACCCCGUCUAUAGCGAGGUGCCAAGUACGAGGUUUGAGUGUACUGGAAAACAUGAAGGUUACUAUGCUGAUAUGGAGACGCGCUGUCAGGUGUUCCGCAUUUGUGCUCAUACUUCCCGCACUAUACAUGGCUUCGGUUUCCUUUGCCCCAAUGGCACACUAUUCAGUCAGAAGAAUUUCGUUUGUGAUUGGUAUCGUAACGUUAAUUGCGAUGAAUCGGAGCAAUACUACAGCAAAAAUAAUGUUAAUCGUAUUGGCAGCAGUUAUGAUAUGAUGGAGAGGGUACGCCAAAUGAUGGAAUAUCCCAUAAAGACGAUAUCACAAGCACUUAAAAGUUCCGCCGUACCACAAGCAACGCGUUCACAUCACACGCUUAAGAAACAAUUGGAAUUGGCAGAAAGCGGCCUGGAUGUUAGUGAGACAGACGCAGUGCAACAGUCUAGUCGCGAUAGUAGUCAACGCGCUUAUUUGACGCGCAAACAGGCAGUUACACGUGCGCAGGUCGAAUCUGUCUCGAAGAGUACCGGCGGUAAUCAGCAUACACAGGUGGAGGAUGCAGUUACUCAACAACGUAAAAAGCUGCAACAGCAACGCCAAAUUCAACGUACCGAAACUAAGACUCCCAAUUCACAAAGUAGCGGAGUUGGAUCAACGCGCGGUACAGCACAGCAACCGCAGCAGGGAACGCGAGUGAGCCAAGCAAAGAGUGCUGCUAAACCAGAUGAUGAAGAUGUUUAUGUCAAUAGCCUGGGUGAAUUAUCCUCCGAUCCGGGUGUUAGCUUCAUGCAUGAGAGUGCGCGCAUUAUAGCGGAACCAACUAGUCGCCAAAGUAGUGAACAGAAACGUAAUUUCGCCGAAAAAGUGAAUGUUGCCUUGAAUGAUCUUGCCGAAUUGCCCGCAAAAGAAAUUAUUGCACCGGAUUAUGUGAAAAACUUACGCCAAUCUAAUGAAGACCUAAUUUUGGCAGCCAACAUAAAUAACUUACUUGAAGAGGUUUCCGAUGAUUUGAAUCCUAGCAUUUCUGGGUAUCAAGUGCCCGCGCCACAGACGAAUAAAACCUCGUUCAGGUUUUUAAGUCGCGGUUUUUCGUCGCAAAGUGAUCGGGCCAAGCGACCACACUAUGAGUAUGCGAAGCCAAAGCAGACGGCAAGUACGAUACGAUUUACGGUAAGUGACAUUUUUUAUCGUAAAACACGCUUUUCUUUUUUUGGCAAUUGGCCGAAUGAGCUGCCUAUCGAUGAUACCUACAAAGAUACCAAGAACACUAAAGAAUUCAUAACGCAAAAACAAAAUUCGAUUGGUUCAAAUGGAUCGACUUAUGAGAGCAUCGAUGAUACUAUACAGUUCACUUUUAUGACAACCACGCCUACACCAAUUGAGCCAGCCGAAAUAGCAAACGAAGCAGCUGCGAAUCUUGCGACUAAUAUAGCUGCGGGCGAGGGAUUUAGCAAACCGCAUGAUUAUGAUACUACCACCGUAGGUCCAACAGCUACUACGACUACGGCUACGUAUGUGAAUCAGGAAAAAUAUUAUUUGAAUUCGGUCGGGACGGUGCCCAUGAGUUUGGAUUACAACUUCUUGAGCCCACCAGAAAAAGAGUUGACAGAAAAUGUUGAGACUACAACCGCUGACGCACCCACUCUCUAUGAGUUCGAGGAAAUCAUUAGUCCGGCGGAAGAAACGUCUGAUCUAAUGAUGAAUAGCACGCAAAUACUGAAAGAUUUGGCUCAAACGAACACGACUACAGUGAGCGCAAUAUUAGCACAAACAAAAGAGUCCAGUCCAUCAGUCGACACAGACGACAGUCUUAUACAGCAUCUACUGUUUCCACCUACAGAAGAUACGACAGAAAUUGCAAGCACUACGCAAGCACCCGCUGAACAGCAAAUGCAUAUAAAAACCUACCCAGCGAUACUGGAUGAGGACAAAUUAGAUGUGGAAAAUCAAGCGGCCAAGUUACUGCUGGCGGGUGUGAAAUUAACCAAACAUGUCAGCAAUAAAGAUGAAGAGAAUACACAAAGAGCAAGCGGUUCCUAUAGCGCGAUUCUAGAUCCAAACUACGGUGAAGGCGGAGCUCUAUUCAUACAUGUUGAUGAUGAAACGGUGAAUGCAGCAGUUAACUCAAGUGGCGUUGCUGCACAGCCUACGAUGGAUGCCACGACAUCGUCAACCACAACUACAACUACAACCACCGCGCAACCUUUAACCAGCACCACUGUCAUAGCGAGCAUGAGCGAAGGCGGCAGCUUUCAGGAGCGUAUACGCAACUAUCGCCGUUUGGCUUCAAAACAGCGCGCCACCGCGAAACCAAUUGUAUAUGAGAAACGUACGAAUCUACAGAUACCUAGUAAGACAACAACAACGAAAUUCCCAGCUAUCAGCAGCAGCACCACCACACCUCGUAGUUAUUUGAAGCGCGUGGCCGCAAGUCGGUUACGCUUAUCGCGUCUAGCAGCAGCGAACAAUCGUACACUGGCUACUACAACAUCCAACACAACAACUGCUGCGCCUAUUGUAGAAUACAAUAAUAGCAAUCAAAGUAGUAUUGAAUCAUCGCAAACGAGCAGGAAGAUCGCAGUGCGUAACAUAGACAAGGAGUUGGGCGGCGUUAGUGGCGGUAAGCGUUAUGACGCGCGCGGCAACUCCUUCGACGGCGACAGCACACAUAAGCGCGGCGCUACAACCACAACCACGUCAACAGCGGCAGAGGGCAGCACCAGCAUCGGCGCUUCAGUUAUUGAGAGCAUGCGAAAUAGUUUUAGACGCUUUCAAGCCAGCCGGAAGCCAAGCACUGAGCAGGUUACAAGUUUUAGUUCUCAGCACGCAGUGACUAAACCAACGCGCAGUGUUGCAUUGCGCGCACGUAGUCGCUAUGACAAUAUUAAAAAGCAAACAAACGCGUCAAGACAAACAAGUUCAUCGACGACAACCACCACAGCACCACCAGCGCAAUCAGUGUCUAUCGGUACUGGAACACAUGCACACAGUCCUACACCAAAUCUUGAUCAUUUACUAAAAUCUAUUACCUCCUCUGUUUCCUAUUCGAUUUCUUCAUCUAAAAAUCAAGCACCUACCGUCGCGGUUCAAGCACCCCAAUCUAUUGUCACUUACUCAAUGGCUUCAUCCUCUGCCUCCACUGCAGCUCCUACCACCGAUUCUGCUUCCUUUUCUUCUUCCUCUUCCUCUAUCACUACUCAUGGCGAAUCUGCAACUUUUCUCGACUUUGAAAAGCUAACACGCGCUAUUGUUGAUGAUUCCAUCUUACAGAAUUUCCAAAGUCAACAAGCGUCUAGCCAGCCGACUGUUGUGUACCAGUCAACACCAGCACAAACGCCACGCGCGCUUUCACUGAACAGUAAUGCGCGUACCGUUGGCAACUCGGUUACACAAAGCUACAAUAAGCUGCCGCCGCAAGCUCCCGCCCAGCUAACGCCACCGCAGCGUCCACAACAUUUAUUACCGAUUGUCAACUCGCAUGCACCGACUUCGCCGGCGCCGCGUAUUAUUAUUGCGCGCGCAGAAGGACAACGUAUUCCACCUAAUUCAGUGUCGUCUAUUAUUUCGGCAUUGGUCACGCAGCCGCAACCCAAGCCAACACCAACUUCAUAUGUGCCAUUGGAUGACUUUCUCACAAAGAAGUUCGGGCAAACUGCUGCGAGUUAUACGAAAACUAACACACCAACGAACAAUAACAAUCAACAACAAACUGCAAAAACACAGCAACAACAACAGCAAUAUGGACAAACACAAAGCCAGCAACAAUAUUACUUUCAAAAAGCGCCUACUACACCUGCCACAUUUGUUGGUCAAAAGGAGCAGCAACACCUACAACAACAACAACCACAAGCCCCAUAUCAACAAGUUGCAGCGAUCGCAUCAACUUACCUGGCAUCACCCCACAAACAACAACAACAGCAACAUUUCAGUCAGCAAAACCAACAAGCGCUGCAGUUAGCGCAGCAGCAGCAGCUACAGCAAUUGCAACAAAUACAAAAGCAGCAACAACAGCAGCAACUGAAAGAGCAGCAAUAUUUCCAGCAGUUUACGAGUCCACAGGUGCAACAGCAACAAGCAGUUAGGCUUACACAGCCACAACCACAACAACAAUAUAACACUAAUAGAAUUUAUCAAACAUCACAACAACAGUCAUUAUGGCAACAACCGCCACAAGUAUUUCAACAAAAGCAAAAUCACCAAUAUUCCACACAACAAACACAAACUUACCUACAGCCAAAACAAACGCAACAACAAUAUCAGUCCCAGCAAACCACAGCAACUCAGUUGUAUUACCCACACCAGCAGCAACAGCAACAGCAGCAACACCAAUCUGCGCAGCAAGUAUCAGUGGCUGCACAACAACAACAAACAUCACUUAUUCCACCCAGCUUCUUCAAUAACUUCAAGCAACAACAACAACAGCUUCCACAAUUCCCGCCACUGGGUAACUCAAUUACUAGCGCUCGCCCCGGCAACGCACCACUGCCGCACCAACACCAGACACUUGACGAAUUCAGCAAUAGCAUCGUACCACCUGAACACGACAACCAUCUGAAUAUUCAAUUGCCUGCACUCACAGCCGGCCUCAUACCGGCGCCUACCACGCCGGUGCUAACGGCGCAGCGACGCAUGGAUGUUGUGAGUGCUGUGAGUGAAGCUGAAAGCUCUAGCGCGCAACAAAAGCCAAGCAAUGCCUACAACGGCGUAAGUUCUUACGAUGUGCCACUAAGUAGCAUCGGCCGUCUGCCGAAUGACAUAACCCAGCUGUUGAGGCGAUUGCGGGCAAUUAAAUGAUGUUUUCCGCUAUUAAGAUGCAUAGGAAAAAGUGAGUUUUGAGAGGAAGGAAUACUAGAAAUACUUAGUUCAAAAUGCCUAACUUAGAUUUAAUAACUGUCACAAAACAAUAGUACAUCAUUUGAUGAUACCAUAGAAAUUUUUUGCAAAAUUUAGUAAUUUAUUUUUUAUAUUGU